AUGAAUGGUGAUCUAGAUUCCCAAAUUGAAACUAAAGCUGAGAAGCGUGAUAUUCUUGACCGUGAAAUAUCGAGAAAAGUACUAACAAACAUAGAUCUAGAUUCUCAAAUAAUCAAAAAAACUGGAGAGUAUACUCGCCUCAAAAAUCUUGUAGUGGAAAAAACGCAGGCUAGUAAAACUAUAGACGUACAAAUACAGAAAAAAGAUAAUAAAUACAAUCGUCUUGACGGUAAAAUUUUAGAAAAAACCAAAAUCAAUGACGAUCUAGAUUCCCAAAUUAAAACCAAAGCUGAUAAACGUGAUCUUCUUGACCGUGAAAUUUCCGUAAAAACACAGGCAAAUGAUGAUCUGGAUUCUCAAAUUAUCGAAAAAACUAAAGAGUGUACUCGCCUCGAAAAUCUUGUUUUAGAAAAGAAGCACAUAAGUAAAACUGUAAUCAUACAAAUAGAGAAAAAAAAUAAGGAAGUUAGUCUCCUUGACGCUGAUGUAAACAAAAAGCUCGAAGUAUUGAAAAUGCUCAACCAUUCAAUUGAUACGAAGCUUCAACAAACAACAUCAGCAGAUUUGACGAAAUUAUUCGAAAUAAAAGAAAAACUGCGUAGCUUAAGUUCUUUUACUCCCGAUUUAAGUCUUGAUGAAGAGCAUGCUGUAGACGUUUAUGAUUCUGAUGAGAACCUACCAUCCCAGUACAGACCUAGCUCCAAUGUCGUCGGAAUGAAAAAUCUAUCUGAAUUGGGCAUUAAACUCCUCCGUAAAAUCAACUCUGGCUCUAUAAGCUCAUCAAAUAAGUACCAAAAAUGUUUCAACUUUAUUGUACAACAAGUGAGUAACUACGGCGGAACCACGAAUAUCGAUGUAGAUUCUAUUAUUUCAUUGACUACAUUUCUAUCAAUGUACAUGCUUGUGUAUUCAGAGGAUCUGCCUGACAAAUCAAGGUAUCAUAGCAUAAUAACCAAACUGAUUCCGAGGAUUCCAUCGAUUCCCAUUCCGGAACUUACAAGCGGCAACUCAAAGAAAGAAUACAGUGCCAUUCUUAAUUUAUCGACACCGCGAUUAUUGUCUAAUUACAUAAACAAUUUUAAUGAUUACAUCCAUGAUAUAAAUAGCAUUGCACUAUCCAAGUUUAAUUCCAAGAUAAAUUCCGUUGAUGGUGUCGCAUUCAGCGACCAUAUUCGACAAGAUUCGUCAGCCUUUGCUGUACACUCUGAAAGACACGUUCCCUACGUCAAUUACAGUAUUUACCUUAAAAAAGUCGUCGAAGUAAUGAAAUUUCCCGACUUAUACGCGUCAGUAUACUCAGUGCUUGACAUACCUGGUAAUUUCUAUGACUCCGUGAGAAGAAUAGUAACAACGAUAAUGCAUCCGACAAUCAAAGUAUUACAGCAUGGUUUAAACACCACUGACGGUAAAAUUAAGUUCAAAUUUAAGUGGUACGUGUAA